GCCAUUCUUUUUGUGCAUCACUCUCUUGGAGCUCCCAAUCGAUAAUGGUUAUGCUGACCACCUCACUGCUGGAGGCACGCAGAGAAAUCACCGCCUGAUCGCAGCAGCUCUGCUCCCGGUGUGGAAGUGGCAUUCAUUGCCCUGGAAAGGUAGAGGAGCCACAAGUAGGUGGAAGGAUCAGAGAGCAGCAGCAGCAGGCUGACAAAGAGCUCUUUGUACAGGAGGUGGAGGAGAAGUAGCAGCAGACGGCUCGGGGGGCUGCCAAGCAGCCCCUUUUUACUUGGGAUACUCUUGCUCCUCAUCUCACCUAACUUUUCCCUGCGCUUGGAUGCGUUGAAGGACCUUCGGGAUCGUAUCAGAAUCCAGUGCCGGGACCGAUCUUUAAGGGAUGUCCAGGAUCAGGAGACAGGGUUGGGGGUUUGGAGCUGUCCUCCUGGGGCUGGUGGCAGCUUCUACUCUGCUGAGUCUCCAGGUUUCAGGUGAAUUUGAGUUACCGGAUUCUAAUGACCCACUGGGGCAAGUGGAUAGCCAUGACCGACUUAUGCCGACACCAAGGGGUUACUUCCUGACGUUUCUGGAACCUGUUAACAACAUCACCAUCGUUCAGGGACAGGUCGCCACCCUCCACUGUAAAGUAGCAGGAAAUCCACUUCCCAAUGUGAAGUGGUUGAAAAAUGACGCUCCGGUGGUUCAGGAACCCAAAAGGAUUACCAUAAGGAAAACCGAAUAUGGCUCACGGUUGAGGAUACAAGACUUGGACACUACAGACACCGGAUAUUACCAGUGUGUGGCAACCAACGGGAUAAAGACCAUCAUUGCCACUGGAGUGCUCUUCGUCAGGCUUGGACCAACACACAGCCCGAAUCCCAACAUCCAGGAUGACUACCAGGAAGAUGGGUUUUGUCAGCCAUACCGAGGAAUCGCUUGCGCGAGAUUCAUUGGAAACAGGAGCAUUUAUGUGGACUCCCUGCAGAUGCAAGGGGAAAUUGAAAACCGAAUUACUGCCGCAUUUACCAUGAUUGGCACAUCGACUCAUCUCUCUGAUCAGUGUUCUCAGUUUGCCAUCCCGUCGUUCUGCCACUUUGUGUUCCCACUUUGUGAGGAGAGCACACGCACCCCAAAACCACGGGAACUGUGCAGGGAUGAGUGCGAGGUACUGGAAAAUGAGCUUUGCAGACAGGAGUACAACAUCGCCCGCUCCAACCCUCUCAUACUCAUGCAGCUUCAUCUUCCAAACUGCGAAGAACUUCCUCUCCCAGAGAGCCCUGAAGCUGCCAACUGCAUGAGGAUUGGAAUUCCGAUGGAGAGAAUGAACAGAUACCAACAGUGUUAUAAUGGCACUGGGACUGAUUACAAAGGAUCUGUUAGCGUGACCAAGUCCGGUCACCAGUGUCAGCCAUGGAGUAGCCAGUUUCCCCAUAGUCACCAGAUAUACAGCGCAGAUUACCCAGAAAUCGGAGGUGGACAUGCCUACUGCCGAAAUCCAGGUGGCCAGAUGGAGGGUCCCUGGUGUUUUACGAUGAACAAGAAUGUUCGCAUGGAACUCUGUGAAGUGCCAGCUUGCCAUACCCGAGAGAACACAAAGAUGGAGAUUCUUUACAUAUUGGUCCCCAGCAUUGCCAUCCCUCUUGUGAUUGCCUGCCUCUUCUUCUUAGUCUGCAUGUGUCGAAAUAAGCAGAAGUCGUCAGAGGCCACACCACAACGCCGCCAGUUGAUGGUGUCACCUAGCCAGGACAUGGAAAUGCCUCUAAUGAACCAACACAAACAACAGAACAAAGUUAAAGAGAUCAGUCUCUCCAGUGUAAGGUUCAUGGAGGAACUUGGUGAAGAUCGUUUUGGAAAAGUGUAUAAGGGACAUCUUUUUGGCACUGCUCCAGGAGAACAGACACAAACUGUUGCCAUAAAGACUCUGAAAGAUAAAGUAGAAGUUGCACUUCGGGAAGAAUUUAAACAUGAAGCCACAAUGAGGUCCAGGCUGCAGCAUCCAAAUAUCGUUUGUCUUCUUGGCACGGUAACAAAGGAGCAGCCCAUGAGCAUGGUAUUUAACUAUUCUCCUCUUAGUGACCUCCAUGAGUUUCUUGUCAUGCGAUCUCCACAUUCUGAUGUGGGCAGCACAGAUGAUGACAAGACUGUUAAGUCUACUUUGGAACCAGCAGAUUUCCUUCACAUUGUGACUCAGAUAGCUGCAGGGAUGGAGUUUCUUUCUAGUCACCAUGUUGUCCACAAAGAUUUGGCCGCCAGGAACAUUUUAGUGUUUGAUAAACUAAGUGUUAAAAUCUCAGACCUUGGCUUGUUCCGGGAAGUAUAUUCUGCAGACUAUUACAAGUUGAUGGGCAAUUCACUGCUUCCUAUAAGAUGGAUGUCACCAGAAGCAAUCAUGUAUGGGAAGACUUCAAUUGAUUCUGACAUAUGGUCUUAUGGAGUAGUGCUUUGGGAAAUUUUCAGCUACGGUCUGCAGCCAUACUGUGGGUAUUCCAACCAGGAUGUUAUUGAAAUGAUCAGAAACCGUCAACUUCUCCUAUGUCCAGAUGAUUGUCCUGCAUGGAUAUAUUCUCUUAUGCUAGAGUGCUGGAGUGAAUUCCCAGCCAGAAGACCUAGAUUCAAAGAUAUUCACUCAAGGCUAAGAACCUGGGAAAAUAUGUCAAACUAUAACAGCUCAGCACAGACCUCGGGUGCAAGCAAUACCACCCAAACAAGUUCUCUUAGCACCAGUCCAGUUAGCAACAUCAGCAAUGCAAGGUAUGUUGGGCCAAAGCAGAAGCCGCAGCAGUUUCCACAACCUCAGUAUCUCCCCAUGAAAGGACAAAUUAGACCAAUGGUUCCACCGCCACAGCUGUACAUACCAGUUAAUGGGUAUCAGCAAAUGGCUGCUUAUUUUUACCCAGUUCAAAUACCCAUGCAAAUGGCUCCUCAGCAGAUGCCACCGCAGAUGAUUCAAAAGCCUGGAUCCCAUCACAGCGGCAGCGGUUCCACCAGCACAGGGUAUGUCACAACAGCACCCUCAAAUAAUUCCAUGGCGGAUAGAGUUGCUCUCCUGGCAGAUAGCACUGACGAGGCGCACCUGGGCAAUGAAGACGUAUCACAAAAUCCUGUCCAAGAAGAGGAAAGCUCUGUACCAGAGACAGAAUUGCUUGGCGAUACUGAUACGUCACAUUUAGAUCAAACAGACAUUCAGUCAGAAGCUUAAAAUGUAUAUCAUUUUUUUUAAAUGGAAGACUUCUACGGAACUGAUUAGACCGGUUCACUUUAACCUGCAAUCACGUGGUGCCUAUAGUCAGAGUUCUUGAGCCAUAAAAAGUACAUUUGUUCAAUCAGGUGCUGCAAACAGCAAACAUGUUAGUAAUUUCGGAGCGUUUGGAAGCUACUCUACUUUUAAAAUAUAAGGUACUGUUGCUGUGCAACAUUCAGCCGUGGAACUGCGCACGUCAUGUGUUCUUGGGACUGUAACUAUAAAGUUAGUGGAACUUUACCACUAUUUAGGGAAAAAAGAACAGGUACUGUUAAAAUAAGUUACUGAACUUCAAAUGCAUAGUUUGGGGAUUUUUACUUUUAAUACUUGUGAUAUGGAUCUCAAAGCGGACUUUUUAACCUGCUAUUGACUGGUAAAACGAUGUCUGCUUUCUGGAGUAGAGUGCAUGCAAGGCUAAGGAGAAAAAGGAGAAUUCUAUGUGUUUUUUUUUUCUCUGUGAACGAGAUGAUCACAACCUUUUUAUUGCCAUGAUAAUUUCAGUCAGAUGCAGAGAAAGUCUGUCAGAAGAUGCUUUCAUGAACCAGAAUAAGAAUCCAUGCACUAACCUAUCAAAGGAAAAACAGAAGACACUAAAUACUGCUUUAGUGUUUUUGCAUCUUUUGUUGGAUGUAGUAAGGGUCUGACUUCAAUUUACAUUUUAUUUUUAUCUCUUUUUUUUUAAAAAAAACUUCACUUGAAAACAAUAGCAGAUUGCAAGAUAUUUUAAACACUCCCGAUUGGAGCCUUUUUAUAAGCAAAUCCGGUUGACAUUUUUUUUCAAAUUACCUUCUUUGUAGGCCAAAAAAGUUCUGACCAGAAUUUUAACAGUAUUGUAAGAAAAGAUGUCUUGUUUGCUCAUAACAAAAUAACUCAUGUACAGACUAAAAUGUAAUUUAUGUUUUAUUGCCUUUUAUAUACCAUUUGAAUAAUGUUGACACCACAAAGCUUUUAUAAUUUAACCUGUUGAGUGCUGGAAAGGUGCACUGUGUGCUGUUCCGGAGGUUUGUUGGCAAGCAGUUUACAUGCCCCACUUGCAAUAUGGUUUAUUGUGUAACUUCUGUUUCUUUGUGUAAAAUGUGUAAACAGGUCGAUUCAUUUCAUGCUUUCGUUUUUUGUAAGACCUGUAAACAUCUUGUAACCCCAGUGCACCGUAUAGUUUCAUGGUUUUUAUGUAAAUUCAGAUACAGUGCAUAACUAAUAAAGGUAAUUCAGAAAAUUUGUAAAAAAAAUAAA